AUGAACGUGACAAACUUGAAUAUCGCAGAACGACCAGAGGUGCUUUCCGAAUGCACACCCAUUUCCAGUCUGGUGGAGUUCCAUCGGAUUUACGGAACCAUCCAUGUCUACCUAAUGCUCUUCUGGUGUCCGCUAGGAGUGCUCUCCAACCUCCUUAACAUCGUUGUUCUCAACCAACGACGCAUGCGCACCUCCACCAAUUUCUUACUCACCUGUCUCGCCAUUUCCGACGCCUGUCUCAUGUUCCUCUACGUUAUUUUUGUCUCCUACUUCGUAAUCGGUGGCAGAAUGCGCUCUCUACCCUACCCCAUGGCGGUGUACCUUCUCGUGCACGUAAAUCUCCAAAAUAUUCUCCACAUUUUCUCUUGUGGCAUCAUCAUCACCCUUGCCGUCUUCCGUCUCCUUUACGCUCGUUGCCUUCUUAAGUGUCAGCAGCUCUGUAGCCAACGACGUGCCGAACUCGCUGUUCUCAUAGUCCUCUUAACUGCUUGCUUUUUUACCAUCCCCUGCAUGAUCUCGCACCAUGUGGAGUCAGCAAAUUCCGAUCUGGGUCCAGGGGAUCUGGAAUUGAGCUCAGUGCAGCACAUGAACCUCACGCAAAUGUAUACUGUGAAUUACGUAGAUAAUAUGAUGCUACGAGUGCUGGUGUACUGGACAACUGCUGUGUUUGUCAAGCUCUUGCCACUGACAAGCAUGAUUACGCUGUCUUCCCUCCUCGUUGUGAGUAUUCACCAGCGAGCGAGAGCACAAAGACGGACGGCUGAGCAGCGGAAGACAUCAGGAAAGCUGGGUGGUGGCGAGGAUGGAAUUGCAGAAGAGACUAGGACAUUGGCGAGUGUCAAGUUGGAUAAUGAGUGGAGCGAGGCAGUGGCGAAUCCUCUGGAAAGAGUGAUAAUGGCGGAUAGAUUGAGAGAACGAUCACAUAGUCGCACUACUCACAUGCUCCUGGCUAUCAUGAUGAUUUAUAUUGUGACAUACCUGCCUCAAGCGAUUCUACUGUUAGUAAGUGGAUUAAGCGGCUACUGCUUUUCGGAGACGGUGUACGAUCCAUUGGGAGAUUUUAUGGAUCUUCUGACUCUUCUCAGUUGUGGCAUCAACUUUGCGCUUUACUGUCUCAUGUCGCAGCAGUUUCGCACAACCUUCCUCCAGCUUUUCUGCCCAGCUAAAUUUCGCCACGGAAAAACGCGACCACAUAUUCGGUUUGGUCGUGCCAUCAACCCUGGCAGUCACUCCGAGACGCUCGAGGCUACGGAGGACUCACGCACGGUUAGAUGA